UAAAAUUAAUGUUUGUUACAAACACCUACAAUAAGAAAUUAAAAUAUUUAACACCUGUACAUAAUAAUUUAAUUUAAUAUACAUUUAUUUUAAUUAUAACAAGUAAAAUAUCUGUAAACCAUAAAGUAGUAAACUAGUAAGUUCUUUAUGUUAUAAAAUAAAAAGUAAAAUAUUUUUCAAUUAAGAUGGCAGAAACUAAAGUUAUCAUUGAUUGUGAUGCUGGUAUAGAUGAUGCACUAGCAUUAAUAAUAUUAAUUGCUGCUCAUAAACAGAAGAAAAUUCAGAUUGAAGCAAUUACUUGUGUUAAUGGUAAUACAACUGUAGACAACGUGGUAAAAAAUGUAUUUAGAACUUUAGAUGUUUGUAAGGCAACAGAUAUACCAGUUUAUCAAGGAGCAUACGCACCUUUAGUUUGCAUUAAAAAUGCAGUUCAAGAUCAUUAUCAUGGCAUUGAUGGAUUUGGAGAUGUAUAUAAUACCCAGAUAGAUACAAGACCAUUAACAAACAUAGCGUUGGCUAUAAAAAUGUACCCCCAAUUUGUGGACCAUGUCAAAGAAUUUUACAUUAUGGGAGGAAAUGCGACAGCACAAGGAAAUAUUACAUCUCAAGCAGAAUUUAAUUUUUACAUGGAUCCAGAAAGUGUACAUAUAGUAUUUAAUAAUAAUAAAAAUCCUUUGAGGCUGUUACCAUGGGAAACAUGUUUAAAAUCUUGUAUUUCACAUGAAUGGCGGAAAGACAUACUAGGUAAAAUGGAUAAACCUUGCAUUCAACUUAUGAAUGAUAUUGAAUAUACAUAUCAAAAGACAAGAAAAAGACAAUUUCCUAAUUAUAUUACAUGUGAUGCAAUUUUAGCUGGAAUAUUAUUAAAGCCAGAAAUUGCUCAAAAUGUAGUGCCAUAUCAUGCUGAUAUUGAAUUAAAUGGUACUAGAACACGAGGUCAGGUUGUACUUGAUCAUUUAUUGUCAAAUCAACCUAAUAUACUCCUAAUUCAAGAUUUUGAUUCAGAAAGUUUUAAAAAACUUUUAAUAUUUUCUGUAGAUAACUUAGAUUAUAAUAUGACAAAUAUAUAAUAAAGUUAAAACUACAAUAUGUACAUGAGUAAUAUUUUGCGCAUAUA